AUGUUUUCUGGAAUGUCGCUUGGAUCAUCUGCAAGACAAUUAGCGGAUACAGAAGAGGUCGAAUUUACAGGUGUAAGAGCUUGUUAUGUACCGGGUGAAGAUAUUGUCUGCCAGUAUCGCCAUCGUGGCCAUGAUACACCAUCGGCAGAUGAUUGGGUUGGUCUUUAUAAGAUCGGAUGGAGAUCACUGAGAGAGUAUUUAGGAUUUCAUUGGAUUCGAGCUUCCAAUAAUCAAGAUGAUCAUACUUUACUCUUUCCAGCCAGUACUCUGCCCAAAGAUGUGGAGGAUGAAUAUCAGCUAUGUUAUAUAUCAAAAGGAACACUGGUUCGAGGUAGAAGUCGCCAAUUUAAAAUUUCUCCUACUGUUCCUGCCAAUGUCACUGAAAGUGAAUCCAUGCUCUUUGUCGACCUUCAACGUAGUACGACCACCAGUAAUAGUAACGUUCCACUCAUGACCAAUAGUAGUAAUAAUAACGUUAACAUGCAAGGAAUAAUUUCUGUCAAUAAUACAACGCAACCAACCAAUUCUUCCACUCCAAAUCAGCCUGGCCAAGGCACCAAUUCUAACCCACUCAAUAUCCAACAGAAAGACUCUUCUUCAAACAGUCGAACACCCGUUCACGUUCAACAAUCGCAGGCGACGCAAUCUACCAAUAGCUCUCGAUCUACUACUCCAGAACUUGUGAAACGGACUAAUAACGGACAAGUACAUCCAUAUACCAUGCCUUCAGUAGGCCAGAUACAACAUGAUAAUGCACCAACUUCCAAUAACAACUCGAAACUAGACCAAUCCAACCAUAAUGGUCAGGCAGAAGUCGCCACGACGACAUCGACAUUGGUUGGCAAAGCCGAUACUUUCAGCCAGGAUAGAAGGCUUACGCCUUCUCAUUCCUUAAACAAUUCAAAUUUGCCCAAUAUCAAUACGAAGAAGGUCUCUACAAGCAUGCCAAUGGAGCAGCUUAAUAAAAUGCGUAAUGAUAAAUUGGACGAUCAAAAAUUGCAACAUCUUAUUACUUCUAAUUUAGAUACUAUCUCUUCAUCCAAAACUUCUGUCAAUGAUAAUGCUAGCUCUUACCCUAGGCCAAAUCAACAAGUAACUCAUGGCGUAAUCAAUGCUAAACUAGAACUUAUUUGGCCCUUAAUCAAUUACAUUUCCGAUGGUUGCCCGCAAUUAUUUGACAUCCUACGAGAGAAUGAUAUUCAGGCUAUGCACAGCGAAAAAGCACGGCGUGCUGUUAACGUUUGCUUAGAAAAUUUAACAGCACGUAAACGUGUUACAGAAGAUCUUCUUUCCAGGGUUAAUCAGUUAAAUCAGCAGUUGCAGGGAAAAAAUGCUUCCCUCGAAAAACAAAAGGAAUUACAAAAUGAAAACAGCCAAUUAAAAGACGAUAUCCUCAAUUUAACAAGACAAUUAGAUUCAGCUAAAGAUCAAAUCCUUCAGUUAAAAAAUGCGGAAUCGGAGGAAAGGAAAAAGGAUCAUGAAUGUUUACAGGUUAUGCAACUGCAGAUGAGAAUACUUGUGGAAAAGAUGGAUAAAAUACCAGUCAGUAAAACCCAACCGACAAUAUCGACAUCGUCAUCAAGCGAAAACCAAGGUAACGAAAGAGUUGCAUCAAAUACAACAGAACAAUCAAGCACUGAUGGGACACAUCUAAUUACAACUGCUAUUGCUACAAGUGGAAAUAUAGCAAAUAAUCCAGCUAUUACCAGUAACGUCUACUCAGAAAGUUUUUAUGCACCUGCUAGCAUGGGCACAGACAUUUAUGGCACUAACCGUAAUGCUCCUCGUAACACCCCUAAUUUGUCAUCUGAAUUUACAACAGGUUGGCAAAACAAUUAUGAGACGCAGCCAGCCGCACUUAGAAAUCCCGCUCCAUCCUCACAUCCUCCUCCGCCACAACCUACGUCUCGUCCAGGACAAAGUACUGGUGAAUUCACAUUCACAUAUCCACCACCAACAAGUACAACUCCGCAGCCACCUAGUGAUGACCGCCAAUCGCACAGCGAUAAUUACGUCUGCCCUGUUUGUAGCAGUGAAUUCCCCAUAGUGAACGGUUACGAUGCAUUUGAACACCAUGUAAACUUUUGUAUCGAUAGUAGUCGAUGA